UAGAAUAAGAAGAAUAUACGGAAGAGAAGUAGGGAUUAUGGCUGUUGCUUUAUAAUUGUGAGAAAGGCUGUGUAGUACAUGAUUUAGCGCGGAAGGCAUUUGGAUUUAUAAUAAGCAGUCGGCUGACACGGCACCGGCUCUUCUCAUGCUGAAAGCAAACAAUGUCGUGGUUCAACCAUGUCAGUCCGAGUUCGAAUCCGCAGCACCAGCUGUCCGCCGCAGACGGUUUGCGUAGUCCACAUCGCUCCACUCUCAUGGCGGCACAAAACCGGACUGCUGUCUCUUCUCCCUGCCAGGAGGUCUUCCCCUCGGUCCCUCGGGGCGUCGUCUGCCCCCCGAGUCUUGAGAACCUGACAUGUGGGUCAAGUGGAAGUCAGGUUCGAGAACCGGAACCCAUCUCUUACGCCAGUCUCCAGGAGCAGCGGUGCGUACUGAGCUGGUUCCAGGGCUGGAGCUCCUCGCAGCGGGAGAGGUUUCUGCAAGAUCUGGUGGGUAAAGCUGUACCCGGGAAGGUGUGCACACUACUGGAUUCUCUCAGUACUCUCCAGGUGAAGGACCGACUACCCAGCAUAUAUGAAUGCCAGCUACGUCUGUGGACUCAGUGGUUUGAGUCUUGGGGAGAAGAAGAGCGGAACCAUUUCUUACACAUUCUGGAGGAGAGGGAUCCGACGUUUGUUGCGCACUUUUACAACUGUGUUGCAGGCACGGCUGGCAGAGAUUGAACGUGUUGGGUUUAAUAUAAAACACAUGCAGCUGUGAAGAGUGACAUUUGCCUUUUUAAUGGACUCCUUUGCAAUUUUUUUUUUAAAGAUCAGUUUUUGUAAACCAAUCUUCAGGGAGAGGACACACACACACACACACACUUCUAACCAUUUGCUUUAAUACAGACCCAUACUUGAAAUAUAUGUCCAAUGAAUGGCUGCAUGAUGGGUCAACUCCUUUUAUGAUGAUAAAGGACAUUAAAAGUGGUCAUUUUUGGUAAACUCACAUAAAUAAACAAACAAAAAAACUAGCGAGUUUUGUUCUUUUGCGCAAUCUGAUCCUGUCAAACUAAUUUUGCCUAAAUUUGGUUUUCAUAGAUCAUUUUUUUUACUUAUUACUUUCAUAUUAAUGAGCAUGCUCAUUCUAAAAAUAUAUUAAUUUUCUACCGCUUAUCCUCACGAGGGUCGCGGGGGGGUGCUGGAGCCUAUCCCAGCUGUCUUUGGCCGAGAGACUGGUGGCCAGCCAGUCACAGGGCACAUAUAGACAAACAACCAUUCACACACAUUCAUACCUAUGGACAAUUUGGAGUCGCUAAUUAACCUAGCAUGUUUUUGGAAUGGGGGAGGCAACCCACGCAGGGGGAGAACAUGCAAACUCCACACAGACAUGCAUGAGAGGGGAAUCGAACCCGGGUCUCUUUGCUGCAGCCCUGAAUAUGUUAUAUUCAUUCAUUCAUUCAUUUUCUAACGCUCAACCUCAAAACCCACGCAUGCACGGGGAGAACAUGCAAACUUCACACAGAGAUGGCCGAGUGUGGAAUUGAACUCGGUUCUCCCAGCCGCCAAUACAAUGAAUGAAGAAUAUUGCACUUUCACUUCACCAAUAAGACAGACAAGAUAGCUUAGCAUAUAUUGGCUCCCAAUGGAUUGGUUGGAGCAUAUUUCAUGUACAAAAUGUAUCAGUCUUCAAUUGUUUUGUCAACAUGUAAGCCCUCCAUCAUGUAAAUAAAUAUUAGGUUGCAUUUAAUUAAUUACAUAUAUG